AUGCCGUCCGUCCUGCUCUUCGUCUUCCUGCUCCAGCUCUUCAUCCACCUCCUCAACACCGUCGGCAAGCAGUCCGUCAACGACCUGCUAUGGCUCCUCUUCACCAAACUCCCCACUCCCCAAUCCAAAGCCGCCGCCGACCUCUCCACCCUUCGCAAUGAAGUUGUUCGCCUCAACCGUGAGAUGAAAGCCACCUCCGCCCAAGACGACUUUGCGAAGUGGGCACGACUACGGCGACAGCACGAUAAAGCGAAGGACAAGUACGACAACGAAGCCCGCAACCACCAAUCCUUCCGCACCAACUUCGACCGCGCCAUCACCGCCGCCCGCUGGCUGGGCACGCAAGGCCUGCAAUUCGGCGCCAACGCCUGGUACUCGAAGCAACCCAUGUUCUGGAUCCCGCAGGGCUGGGUGCCGUAUCAUAUCGAGUGGGUGCUGUCGUUUCCGCGGGCGCCGUUGGGGAGUAUCAGUAUUAACGUGUGGGCGAUUGCGUGCGCGAGUGUGAUUAAGAUGAUUGUGGAGGGGGUCAUGGCGCUGUGGACGCUGAGGACGGGGGUGGUGAAGGAGGGGCCGAGGAGGGGGGAGAGGGUGCAGAUGGAGGGGAUGGGAGGGGUGGGGGUGAAGAAGGAGCUGUGA